AUGGAGGACGUGCUAUCAAAGGUGUCUAUCGUCGUGUCGCCGGCCCUGGCUCAAUUUGCUCCUGUCACUCUGCCCUAUGGAUACAAGCAAGUCGAGAGUGUGCCCGAAGUUGAUACGUCCAGUCUUCCGCUGAUCAUCUGUGAUUCCGACAACUAUCUGGCGGGGCUUGCUGCGAAGCACGAAAGCCGCAUCGCUGCGAUGGACAAGUGGAAGCGAGACAAAAAGCAAAGAGACAUUGAAGAAAAGAAGCGGCUGGCUCCGGGAUAUUUUGACGGCACCAAUCGCUUGUUGGUGCCUACCGCAAAGCAGCCACCUCCCGAGACCCCAGAAAACGACGCCCUCUCAAUAGAAAACCUCCAUCUAUCCUAG